CGGUUUCCAUCUCCUAAUUCCCAACCUACUGCAGAACAGGGGGAUCUCGUCUGGUCUCUUCUCCGAUGGCCGGCGUCUUCCACCGCCGUCUCCUCCUCCUUGUCGUCGUCACCGCCGCCGCCCUCCUCCCACGCGCCGCCUCCGUACGACCCUUCGUACUGGUCCUCUCUGGUGACGACUUCCUCAAGGACGCCUCCGGCGCUCAUCCCUCGUUACCCUCCGCCGAUGCCGAUGCUGACGAUUGGGACGACUUCGCUGACGAUUCCCCCGCCACCGACCCUCUCCUCUCCCCGUCGUCUUGGGUCCCCCUCCUUGACCCCACCACUCCCUCCCCGUCGGGUGAUGAGCCGGACUCACCGUCCGACGCGCUCUUCGUCGCGGGCGCCCGCGCGAUGAUCUCGGCGGCGUCUUCAGGGGACGACGCCGCUUUCUCAACUGCGUCCGCGCAGAUCGAGGCUGCGGCCGCGGGUGGACACCCCGGUGCGCAGUCGGCGCUGGCGUUCCUCUCCGGAGCCGGGAUGACACGCCCGGUGUCCCGCUCGCGUGCGUUCCUGCUGCAUAAAUUCGCCGCCGACGCAGGAGACCUUCAGUCCAAGAUGGCGCUCGCCUACGCCUAUUUCCGUCAGGAGAUGUAUGAAGAGGCUGUCACGCUAUAUGCUGAACUUGCAGAGGCUGCACUGACAAGCUCCUUAAUCUCGAAGGAGCCACCAGUGAUUGAACCAGUCCGGCUACACAGUGGAACUGAGGAGAACAAGGAGGCCUUGAGGAAGUCCCGUGGAGAGGAUGAUGAAGAUUUCCAGAUCACAGAGUACCAGGCACAACGAGGCAAUGCUGCUGCAAUGUACAAAUUAGGGCUUCUGUAUUAUUAUGGACUACGAGGACUCAGGCGUGAUUAUGGUAAAGCAUAUCAUUGGUUCUCUAAGGCUGUUGAGAAAGGCGAUACACGUGCAAUGGAGCUUCUGGGAGAGAUCUAUGCUAGAGGUGCUGGAGUGGAAAGAAACUACACUGAAGCAUACAAGUGGUUGAUACUUGCAGCAAAGCAGCAACAAUACUCAGCUUACAAUGGACUUGGUUAUCUCUAUGUGAAAGGCUAUGGGGUGGAGACGAAAAACGUGACAAAAGCGAAAGAAUAUUUUGAAAUUGCAGCUGAGAAUAAGGAACAUGGGGGUUAUUAUAACCUCGGUGUGUUGUAUUUAAAGGGUAUUGGUGUAAAGAGGGAUGUGAUGACAGCCUGCAAUUAUUUUCUUCGUGCAGUUAAUGCCGGACAGCCAAAAGCUAUUUAUCAAGUGGCAAAACUGUUCCAAAAAGGCAUUGGACUUAAGAGGAAUCUCCAUAUGGCCACAGUUCUGUACAAGUCUGUUGCCGAGAGAGGGCCCUGGAGCUCGCUGUCUAGAUGGGCUCUGGAAUCUUAUUUGAAAGGUGACAUAGGGAAAGCGUUGCUCUUGUAUUCUAGAAUGGCAGAUCUUGGAUAUGAGGUUGCCCAAAGCAAUGCUGCCUGGAUUCUUGAUAGGUAUGGUGAGGAAAAUAUUUGCAUGGGAGAAUCUGGCUUCUGUACAGAUACGGAAAGACAUCUCCGUGCACAUGCUUUGUGGUGGCAAGCAUCUGAGCAGGGUAAUGAACAUGCUGCUUUGUUGAUUGGUGAUGCCUACUACUAUGGACGGGGUGUAGGGAGGGACUAUGAGCGUGCAGCGGAGGCAUAUAUGCAUGCUCAGUCACAGUCUAAUGCCCAGGCCAUGUUUAACCUUGGGUACAUGCAUGAGCAUGGUCAUGGACUUCCCCUUGAUCUGCACUUGGCAAAAAGAUAUUAUGAUCAGGCUGUUGAGGUGGAUUCAGCAGCUAAGCUUCCUGUUAUGCUUGCACUAACUAGUCUAUGGAUAAGGAAGAAUUAUGCUGGCAGUUUUGCGGUUCAUUUUAUUGAUUCCCUGCCGGAAAUAUAUCCUGUAGUUGAGGAAUGGGUGGAGGAUGUCCUGAUGGAUGAAGGGAAUGCAACGAUAUUGACUCUCUUUGCUUGCCUUGUAACUGUCCUGUACUUGCGAGAGCGUCAGAGGCGUCAGGUGGUGGCUGACAACCCCCAACAACCUGAUGGUGCACCAAAUUAAAGCCGAGAUGCUGGGGGCUAUGUGAUGUGAUUGCUUGAGGUACAUAUGGCUGUUUAUUCUCGGUUUUAGCAUCAAAAUUUUGUUGAAUGUCUGAAAUGUUAAUGAAAUGAAUGCUCAUACUGGAGUACUGGAUUUCCUUCAACCGUGAAAUGCUAGUGGCUUUCUGAGGACAAAGGAUGUAAAAUGGUAGCCCUCUAGACAACAUAUGUACACUAAAUUGGCUAGGAUAUGAACUGAUUCAUAGCUGUGAAAUUGAGAUGAUAUUGUGGUUCCCGGUGAAAAUUCACCCUUCUUAACAUAGCAUAUAUACUUGUAAAAGUGCUGAUUUUUAGAGUGCUCUUGUUGCUUGGAACAUGCUAGUUUUAAUGGCGUGUGACAUGCGCAUCCUAGCUGCUUCCAUAUUCUGCUUUUGUAACUGUGGAUUGUUCAAAA